GUAUAAAUUACAAAAUGGUCCAAAUUAAUUUCCCCUCCCAAUUCAUUUCCCGCUCUACAAAACCCUAACCCCUCUCUCUUCCCUCUCAGCUUAGAAACAUGGGGCAGAAACAGCAGCAUAAUACAGAUCCCAACAUCGAACCCAAGAAGCGACGCCGCGUUGGGUUCUCCGCCGAAGACGACGGUGUUGAAGCCAAACACUGCAUCAGAAUCUUCCUAGUGUCAAAAAAAGAGGAAUUCCUGGCUCCAGAGAGUUCGGUCAUUGAGCCUGUGGAUUUGAAUGCCUUUUUUGGUGAUGAUGGAAAAAUAUAUGGAUACGAGGGGUUGAAGAUUAAUAUCUGGGUUAGUAGCAUAUCGUUUCGGGCAUAUGCUGAUAUUACCUUCCAAAGUUCAUCUGAUAGAGGCAAGGGGAUCACAGACCUAAAAGUUGCUCUUCAGAAUAUUUUUGCUGAGACUCUUGUUGAGAGCAAAGAUGAAUUCAUUCAAACUUUUAUCACAGAUAAGGAUUUUAUCAGAACAACUAUCUCAAGUGGCAAGGUUUUGCAGCAGAAAGUUUUUAAUGGGCAGAUCAGUGAUUCUAAUACGGAUGCAGAUUCAGUGACAUCUAAAGUUGAGGUUGUUCGUAUGGUGGUAGGCAGCAUGGCUACUGGGCACCUUUACAGUCGUCUAAUACCUCUUGUGCUUCUUCUUGUCGAUGGUAGCAGUCCAAUUGAUGUUACGGAUCCACACUGGGAAUUGUAUCUUGUAACCCAGAAUGAAACUGAUCAACAGGGAGAGACUCAAUGUAGGUUGAUUGGUUUUGCUGCUAUCUAUCGAUUUUACCACUAUCCUGGUGGUACUCGUUUGCGACUUAGCCAGAUACUGGUAUUGCCUCAUUACCAGCACAAAGGCUAUGGCCGAUAUAUUCUUGAAGUGCUAAAUGAUGUUGCCGUAUCUGAAAAUGUUUUUGACAUCACAAUAGAAGAGCCAUUAGAUAACCUGCAACACAUCCGCACAUGUUUGGAUAUACCUCGCCUGCUUUGUUGUGAACCAAUCCAGCAGUCAGUAAAGGCUGCUGUUUCACUGCUAAAGCAAGGAAGACUAUCAAAGAAGACUAAUCGUCCACGACUACUGCCACCUCCCAGUGCUAUUGAGUAUGCCAGGAAAACUCUGAAAAUUAACAGGAAGCAGUUUCUCCAAUGUUGGGAGGUUUUGCUCUACCUUGGCCUUAAUCCUGUUGAAAAGCACAUGGAUAACUUUUUGAGCGUUAUCUGCAACCGCAUAAAGUAUGACAUCUUAGGAAAAGAUUCUGGCACUUCUGGGAAGCAACUCAUUGACGUUCCAACUGAAUUUUCAGAGGAGAUGUCAUUUGUCAUGUUCAAAUCAGGAGUGAACGAAGAUAAUGCUGUGCAGGUGGAUGACAGUCAGCCAAAUCAAGAAGAGCAACUGCAGAAGUUGGUUCAAGAAAGGGUGAAAGAAAUACAGUCGAUUGCGGAGAAGGUAUCCCUGCAUCGCAAGAGCGCAGAUGUUGCUGUAAAUUGACAAGAUGGCGUCAGGGUGGACAAUUGGAGGUUUUGUUUCUGGACAAAUCUUAUGCUUACCUUGGUAGGCAUUUCUGAAUCCAUCCCUGGAACCAGAAAACAUUGUUUGUGGUUCUUUUUAAUAGGCUCUAUUUGAAAAUUUUUCCUUCUAGGCUGUAGAGGAACCAGUGUGACGUAGUUUUUGCUUUUUAGGAUUUACAAGCAUGUAGCAGACAUGAGAUGGAUUGAUCGGAGUAAAUUGUGUUAAAUCUAGUGCUGUUGAGCAGCUUCUUA